GGUGAUGGACGAUUCUCACACUCCGUGAUCUGAUCGUGUAGAAACCUCCAGCAUGGAUCCGACCGAGAGCGAACGCAAGCGUCCAGAGGACUUCUCCAGCAGAAGCGUCGACCUUUCUCUUCUCCCCUAUCCUCUCCCUCGCCCCGUCGUGCCUCAGCCACACCGAUUCGUCCCAGAUAUGAUCGACCUGAACCGGCUGCGUCUCCAUCGCGUGAUCCAGGUGAAGCAGGAGACGUUGAAGCCUCUGCCACUGUGGCCUCCGUCGCCUCCAUUACUCCUGCGCUCUCCUGCUCCCUACUUUCCUUCUUUCCAUCCCAGUCUGGUCCCAUUCCCGUUCCUCCAUCUCUCUCCAAACCCCUUCUACCCCACCGAAGCCACACGGUUUCGCCGCAGGAGCCAAGAAGCCAGCAAACCGGAAAAGCUGAACGUGCACGUGGAUGAAAGCUACUAUGUGAAUGUGGGCAGUGAUCAGAAGCGCUGGAAGUGCCGCAUGUGCGAGAAAUCCUACACGUCCAAAUACAACCUGAUCACGCACAUCCUGGGCCACAGCGGCAUCAAGCCGCACGAAUGCAACCUCUGCGGGAAACCCUUCAAGCAGCUGAGCCACCUGCACACACACAUGCUGACGCACCAGGGCACACGGCCGCACAAGUGCCAGGUGUGCCACAAAGCCUUCACGCAGACCAGCCACCUGAAGAGACACAUGAUGCAGCACAGCGAGGUCAAGCCCUACAGCUGCGGCGUCUGCGGCCGGGGCUUUGCGUAUCCCAGCGAGCUCCGCGCACAUGAGCUCAAGCACGAGAGAGGCCAGGAGAACGUGUGCGUGGAGUGCGGACUCGACUUCCCCACGCUGGCGCAGCUCAAGCGCCACCUGACCGCGCACCGGGGCCCCAUGCAGUACGACUGCGGCGAAUGCGGCAAGAGCUUCCAGUAUCCCAGCCAGCUGCAGAACCACAUGAUGAAGCACAAGGACAUCCGGCCGUUCAUCUGCAGCGAGUGCGGGAUGGAGUUCGUCCAGUCGCACCAUCUCAAGCAGCACGCGCUCACGCACAAGGGAGUGAAGGAGCACAAGUGUCGCAUCUGUGGCCGUGAGUUCACGCUGCUGGCUAACAUGAAGCGGCACGUUCUGAUUCACACCAACAUCCGAGCGUAUCAGUGCCAGCUGUGCUACAAGAGCUUCGUCCAGAAGCAGACGCUCAAGGCUCACAUGAUCGUCCACUCCGACAUCAAGCCCUACAAAUGCAAGCUGUGUGGAAAGGAGUUUAACAGAAUGCAUAAUCUGAUGGGCCACAUGCACUUGCAUUCUGACAGCAAACCCUUCAAAUGCCUUUACUGCGCCAGCAAGUUCACGCUGAAGGGAAACCUGACCCGCCACAUGAAGGUCAAACACGGCAUCAUGGACCAAGGACUGGACGCUCGCGUCUUCAGGCGACGAGGACGGCUGUGUCUCUCCGGUCGUCUGCGGAUCCUGUCCCGCAUCGGUCAGGAGGAGCCCUUCGAUCUGUCCCAGAAGAAGCAGCUGCGUCUGUCUCAGUCUGACGGCGGGAGCUCCGGUCGAGAAGAAGACGAGGACAGUCUGUACAGUCCUGACCUCUCCAGAAGAGACCAGACGACACACAGAUAAAGAGGACGGCUGCUGACGGACAACAAGACAGAGACUCUCAGACACGCUGUGAAUGAUGAUGUUUCAGUAUUUUUUUCAUGUGAAAAAUCUACAGAAAUUAUUUCCUGCGUCAAUAUUUUUUGACGUUUUCCAAUAGAAAAUAUCUAA